AUGGCCUAUAUGAUCUAUACAUAUAUAUCUUUGUAUAACUACUGUUGCAAGGAUGUCAGUGUAACAUGGAGGAGCUCCAAGAACGGACCUUCUUUUUUUGUACUUCACAACCAAGCUAAAAUCAAUCCGUUUGCUAAAAGCAGUUUAAAACCAACUCAGAUGUUGAAUUUCGCUCAAGUUGUCGAGACGCUGGUCACCAGUCCCACGUUGGGGGGUGUCCUUCGGGAAAAAAUUCGUGCGCGCCCUAGUGUCUCUGAAAUCUUUGCAAACUAUACACCAGAAGAAAGCUUAAUAAAUGCAGUUUAUGAUGAAAAUAUAAUUUGA